ACUUCUUUCAACAGCAGCAACAGUUAGUCAGACACCUCGGUAGCUUGCUAGACAAAAUAGAUUAACCAAUAAACCGCUUUAGACGCUUUAGUGUAUAUUAGCCACUGGGUUUUAAACACACUUCUGUCGUCUAGUUAGUUAUCAGAUUUAAUAUUUACGGCGUUGUUAUUAUUGGUCAUCUAGCUGGCUGGUUAAGUAAGCAUUAGCAGAGCUAGCUAACAUCUCCGACAAUGAGUUCACUAAACUACUCUCCUCCUGAUAAAGAAGAGGUCUGCUGGACGGAGGAAGAGGGUCUCAUGAAAGAGGAAGAGGAGGCUGUUACAAUACAAAAACAAGUAGAGGGUGAGGCUGUUACCGUGAAAGAAGAAGAGAAAGACGUUUCAGUGAAAGAAGAGGAAGAUGCGUUCAGAGUGAAAGAGGAGGAGGUUACAGUAAAAGAAGAGGAGGAAGAUAAAGAGGAGAUGACUGACACGUCGAAAAAGGCGGAGGAAACUGAAUAUCUGGGCCCGGUUUCCCAAACGCAUCUUAAGGCAUCCAAUGGUUCUAAUGAUGAACUUAGCUGUAAGAUGGUUUUGAGAAACCGUUCCCUGAUUAACACUAGAGAGAGACGUGACCAUCGUGGAUCCUCUGGGGAGCCUCAACAACAUCAUGAAGCUGACGAGGCAGACAAGAAUCUCUCCACAUCAGAACAUCUCAAGCGGAAACCCACAGGGAAGAAAUCUCUCCACUGCUCUGACCGUGGGAAGAGUUACUCAAUAUCAAGUUCACUGAAAGUGCACCAGAGAUUUCACACAGAAGAGACAUCUCACUGCUGCUCUGACUGUUGGAAGAGAUUCACCUCUUCAGCAGAGCUCAAAAGACAUCAGAGAAUCCAUACAGGAGAGAAACGUAAUAGCUGUGAUCAAUGUGGGAAGAGUUUUAAUGCUCCAAGCAGCCUGAAAACACACCAGAGAAUACACACAGGAAAGAAACCUUAUAGCUGCUCUGACUGUGGGAAGACCUUUUCAAAACUAUAUACAUUACAAUCACACCAGAGAAUUCACACUGGAGAGAAACCCCAUAGCUGUGAUCAAUGUGGGAAGAGUUUUACAACAUCUAGUCAUCUAACUAUUCACCAGAGAACACACACAGGAGAGAAACCUUAUAGCUGUGAUCAAUGUGGGAAUACAUUUUCCAAAUUAUAUACAUUACAAUCACACCAGAGAAUUCACACUGGAGAGAAACCUCAUAGCUGUGAUCAAUGUGGUAAGAGUUUUACUACAUCUAGCAAUCUGACUAUUCACCAGAGAACACACACAGGAGAGAAACCUCAUGGCUGUGAUCAAUGUGGGAAGAGUUUUACUACAUCUAGCAUUCUGACUAUUCACCAGAGAACACACACAGGAGAGAAACCUUAUAGCUGUAAUCAAUGUGGGAAGAGUUUUGUUACAUCCAGCAAUCUGACUAUUCACCAGAGAACACACACAGGCGAGAAACCAUAUAGCUGUAAUCAAUGUGGAAAGUGUUUUGCUCAUGCAGGCAACCUGGUAGCACACCUGAGAAUACACACUGGAGAGAAACCUUAUAGCUGUGAUCAAUGUGGGAAGAGUUUUACUUCAUCUAGCCAUCUGACUACACACCAGAGAACACACAGGAGAGAAAUCUCAUAGCUGUGAUCAAUGUGGGAAGAGAUACUCUGAUAAAAGAUCUCUGAUUAAACAUCAGAAAAUACAUUUAUGAAGGAGAUGUUUCAUGAUAUCAAUGAAAUGAUGUCACAAUGUAGAAUGUUUUAACAUUGUAGUAGGAGUGUUCUAAUGAUGUCAUAAUGUAGAAUGUUUUAACAUUGUAGUAGGAGUAUUUUAAUGAUGUCACAAUGUAGAAUGUUUUAACAUUGUAGUAGGAGUGUUCUAAUGAUGUCACAAUGUAGAAUGUUUUAACAUUGUAGUAGGAGUGUUCUAAUGAUGUCACAAUGUAGAAUGUUUUAACAUUGUAGUAGGAGUGUUCUAAUGAUGUCACAAUGUAGAAUGUUUUAACAUUGUAGUAGGAGUGUUCUAAUGAUGUCACAAUGUAGAAUGUUUUAAAAUCACAUGAGUAUUUGAAUUAAUAUCACAAUGUACAAUGUUUUUAACAUUGUAGUAAUGUAACCUUUAUUUAACUAGGCAAGUCAGUUCAGAACAAAGAACUAUUUACAAUAGCAAAAAUGUUGUUAAAAAGACGUUGAAAAGAAGACCCGACAUCCAUCAUGGUCUGUUUUGGUUGAAAGUGAAAGUUGAAAAGACCGUCUUCUUCGGGUGCUUGUGCUCAGCGAUUUGAAAACAACUUAAUUUCAACGUACUUGCAGCCUAUAGCCUAUAUACCCUCUAUGAACAAUUUUAUUGACCGUCAUAUCACUCCAGUGUUUACACACAGUAUGUUUUGACAACAUUCUAACUGUCUUUAUUCCACAACUGAAGAAGCAUGUCUCAAAUCACCUCAUAUUUCAAACAUUCAGCCUGACAAAAUAUACAUUUUUUUAUUAUUCCAUUCCUCACUAUGUUAAUUAUUGCCAAUACAUAUUAACAAAGGGGGGAACAUUUGUUUUUGAUAUUUCAUAUUUUACAUGUAACAUUUUCAACUAACUUGACAAUUUUUUGGGUACAAUUAUAUUGUUUACAAAGAAUGUAGUAAAACAAGCUUAUAUUUCUGGUUGGAUAUUACAUCCUAUUCUUACUAUUUUAAUCAAUGUAAUUUCCUUAGGAUGCUCAUUAGUCUUUCAGUUUGUUAUUCUAUAGUUUUAAUCGUCUUAUGUUUGUUGUGUAGUACAUAUUAAAGUUUUUAUUUUCAUCGA